AUGAUUCAGGUGCAAUGCGAUUUUGAAGGGAAUACCCUAUUGGACUGGCUUUUUAUAGAUGAGGAUGUAGUAUGUGGAUUGCGUGAGGUACUGGUAUAUUUUGACCCACAGAAUGAGGUCUUUCGGCUAUGGCCAGUGCCGGAAUAUCCAGGAGUGAUCAUUUCUGGAGUCAGAGAGUUAAGGAAUGGACUUGCUUUACUUGUGUAUUCUUGGGGAGAAGAAUCGUGCAAAUAUGUUGAUGUUUGGAUGGAGGAUGAUUCCAAGGAGGGUCUGAUUAAGAGGAUUGGACCAAUUCCAGUCAAGGUGGUGAGGCUAAUUGAAUGUACGAAGAAUGGAGAGAUUUUAGCAGAGAGCACUGAAGGAAAGUUGUUCCUGUAUGAUCCCAAAACUAAUAGAGUUAGGGACAUUCUCAUUGAUGAUGCUCAGGCACUUUCAUAUAAGCUUUUAGCUACACACAGAGUUUGGUUUCAAUUGAGGGGAUGA